AUGGGAAUAUUUAACGAACAAACUUUUGAUCAUCCUUUUGCUAAAGGAAUUCAGGGUGCUCCAGGAGUUGGAUUUAGUCUAACAGCAGAUGGAAAUUAUGAUAUUAAUAAAAAAAGACUUACAAAUGUUGGUGCACCUAGUAAUAAUACUGAUGCUGCUACAAAAAAAUAUGUUGAUGAUAAUUCUAGUGGAUCACAAACAACAACACGAUUAACAGUUGAUUCAAACAUUGAUAUGAAGGAUAGAUAUCGUAUUUUAAACCUUAUCACACCACAGGAUUCUAAAGAUCCAGCAACAAAAUAUUACGUAGACAACACAUUUCUUGACAGAGAUGGAUCUUACCCAAUGAAAGGAAAUCUUAAUAUGGAUAAUAAACAAAUAUUAAAUCUGCCAGCUCCAAUGGGUCCUAAACAACCAACACCAUUAGGUUUCACAGAUAUGAAGUAUCUCCACGUUGCUGGAACAAAUAAAAUGACUAAUAAUCUAAACAUGGAUAAUAAAAAAAUAAUUAACCUUAGACCACCAACAGACUCCACAGACGGUGCAACGAAAAAGUAUGUGGACGACUCAAUACCUGAUACUAGUUCUUUUAUAAAAAAGGAUGGAAGUGUUGCAAUGACUAGUAACCUAAAUCUUGGAAACAAAAAAAUAGUUGGUCUCGCAACUCCAGUGUCAAACACAGACGCCGCAACAAAGAAAUAUGUGGAUGAUAACACAGGUGCCCCAGAUUUGAGUGAUUACUUGGAAAAAGAUGGUACCGUCACUAUGACAGGAAACCUUAAUCUUGGUAAUAAUAAAAUAGUUAACCUCAGUGACCCCACCACAGAUCAACAAGCUGCUAAUCGCGGAUGGGUUCGUAAACAAAUAGAAAUGUUUGAUCAUCAUUCUGGAGAUGGAACAAGUGGUGUGUUUACUAUAACAGAUCCAGCUGCGCCAACGACUUUGUAUCUACAAUAUAUCUCAGGUUCAUCAUUUGAUGAUUUUGUUUUUACAACAUCAACACCUGGUCAACCUCUUGUAGGGUGGAAACCAACUGCUAACACAUACAUUAACAAAAUAGAAUUUCAAUUUGGUUCGCGAAAUAUAAACGUUGACUUUUUGUGGUUUAUUCCUAGAGAUGACUCUCAUUCCAAUUCUAAUUUUUGGGUAAGUGGAAAUCGCACUGGCACUUGGUCAUUAAAUAUUCACAAGUCUUGGAAUUAUAAUAUGUCAGGAGUAAAACUAAGAACCCAUAACAAUUCAAAUCACACAGCUAUCACUUGUCGGCUAUUCACUGAUCUACCAAAAGCAAUAACCAAACCACUUAAGAGAAUAGAAAUCAACACACCUAAAAUUGUAAUAAGUGGGGAUAUAAAAGCCGAUGUCAACCUUGGUGGUAAUAAAAUAAAGAAUCUGGGUGUACCAACCCAAGACAAUGAAGCAGUAAACAAAGGUUAUGUUGACAAUCUAGUUCAUCAUACCGCAGUUCAACCAAGUCAUUAUAAAGAUGAGUUUAGUUAUCUCAUGACAAGUGGGUCUCAAUGGACUGAUGAAAUAGAUGGAGGAGUUAGUUUUGUUAUAAAUAAGAUAGGAGACUUAUCUCCUUCUAAAGGUAAUUUUCAUGACUAUAACCACAAAGUAAUUUUCAUGACUAUAAACAAAAAUUCUGAAGGUAAAUAUAAAUAUAAGACGGGAAUUAAUUUUUACAGACUAACUGCAAAUACCGAAUACACACUAUGUUUGGAAAUACUCAACACUGAUUAUAAUCUUUGGAAUAAUACACAAAUAAGUGUUGACAAAGGAACUUCAAAAGGAUUAUCAAUUGGAAAUGUAAUUGUAAAAAAACUAUCCCAUAGAUAUACCGAUUCAAAUAAGCUAACAAAAGUUAUGUACUACCACAGAAUAAUAAUUAAUUUCCGGAAGUUGCCAUCUGGGAAUAAGUUCUUUAUUCACAUUUUGGUUGAUAUUCUUCGGGGUGGAUAUAACAUAUCUACGUAUCCGAGACUGUUUUCAGGAGUUUACAUCAUUGCUUAUGGAAUUGUGGGUACAUUUAGCAAUAUCGAUCCAGAUAAAGUUUACGACUAUCACACCGCAUUUGAUAUUAAACCAACAGAAGUGGUGUACAACGUUGAUAUAAAUGCAAAUCAAAAAGAAAUUAAAAAUAUCAAACUUGACCGACAAAAUGAUAAUAGUGCUGCAACAGUUGCAUUAGUAAAAGAACUAGCUCCUCACACUAAAAAUGCUUUGUAUAGAUUAUACUUUAGUGAUUUCUAUGACUUUGCUGAUGCGGAUACUUACGGAAUAAAUAUAGGCUCAUUUGGAGUUAUUAUUAAUUCUUUGAAACCUAAUAUAACACUACCUCAUAAUAAAGACCUAAGUGAAAUAUCAGAAAAAGGAUUACAUAUUAAU